UUACUCGAAAGCAACGAUUUAAUGGAUAUUGAACACAAAAUUCAGCUGGUACAGGUUUCUAUGAAAAGAACUUGCUUCGGAGCUCCGAGAAAAGAUAAUAUUUGGAUUUACGGUACAACAUGUGUACAUGGACGAUUGAUGUUCUUGACCGUUGAUUUUCACGAAACAAAACAUUGUAUUUAGCACCGUGGCUUCACGGAGAGCUCAUGACAGUGUUUGUGAAUCAGGAAUGACCACGAGCUCACUCUGUACCCUGACUGUCACUGGAAACAUUCAAUGAAUUCAGGUGCUCAUCCUUAUAAGUACGUAAUCAGAGGGCAAUUCCAACAGUUUUGGUUAGCUUUAUGACUUUGAACUACAUUGUAGUAGAAGAAGACAGGGACGUGUGCACUUCAGAAGAUUCAGACCUCAGUUCAGUUGCAGAGGAAGAACGAAAAAGGGAGAGUAGGUAUGUCAGGAAUUAUACUAUUUAAGAGCCAGCUACAAGAAUAUACACAGAAAGCAUCUUUACCACUACCAGUUUACGAGACUGCAAAGGAAGGGCCUCCACAUGAUCCCAAAUUCAAGGCAACUGUGAUUGUCAAUGGAGCUAGAUAUGAUUCUACUUCAAAUUUCUCUAGUAUCAAAGCUGCAGAGCAAAGUGCAGCGCAAGUUGCUCUUGAGGAUUUGCUGAAGAAGCCAGAUCAAGAGAAAGGUGUUUCUAGCCAAGUACAUAAAACAGGGCUAUGCAAAAGUGUUCUCCAAGCUUAUGCUCAAAAAAUGAGCCUGCCAGUUCCUAUUUACAAGACUACAAGGUCAGGAGAAAGCCAUCCCCCAAUUUUUAUAUCAACUGUUCAAGUUGCUGAUGUUUUCUAUACUGGGUGUGUGGCAAGCAGUAGAAAGGAAGCAGAAAUCAAGGCUGCUCAAAAAGCACUGAUGGCAAUUGAACCACAAGCCUGUGAUUCCAUUUCUCAGGCUGGCACUCAAAAUCUUUCUGGUUUGCAAGCUGCAAAUCCCAAUAUGUCUGGUUCCCAAGAUCCUGUGUCUAAUAUAUGUGAUUCCAUUUCUCAGGCUGGCACUCAAACUCUUUCUGGUUUGCAAGCUGCAAAUCCCAAUAUGUCUGGUUACCAAGAUCCUGUGUCUAAUAUAUGUGAUUCCAUUUCUCAGGCUGGCACUCAAAAUCUUUCUGGUUUGCAAGCUGCAAAUCCCAAUAUGUCUGGUUCCCAAGAUCCUGUGUCUAAUAUAUGUUCACAAGCAGGAGAAGAUUCUCAGAUAAAGAGGGAUACAGAUAAGGAAGUAUCCUGUGAAGAGUGUAAACCAGUUAAACCAAAACAGAGUCCAAGCAUCGGUAGUUUUACCCCUGAAGAUAAAAAACUAAUAAAUGAAAUGGGACUGUGUAAGAAUCUUCUUCAAGUUUAUGCUCAAAGAAUAAGCCUGCCAGUUCCUGUUUACAGAUCUACAAGGUCAGGAGAGAUACAUUUACCAGUUUUUAUAUCAACUGUUGAGUUUGCUGGUGUUUCCUACACUGGGGGUGCAGCAAGCACUAAAAAGGAAGCAGAGAUUAAGGCUGCUCAACAAGCAUUGAUGGCACUUCAACCACAGGACUGUGAUUUCAUUUCACAGGCCGCUGUUCAAAAUCUCUCUCAUGUGCAAGCUACAGAUUCCAAUAUGUCUAGUUGUCAGGUUCCCAUACCUAGCAUCUGUUCACAAUCAGGAGAAGAUUCUCAAAGAAAAAGGAGCAGAGAUAUGGAAGUAACCUCUGAAGAAUGUAAGGCUAUUAAGCUCGAUCAGGGUACAAACAUCAGUCAUUCUACUUCUAAAGAUGAGGCGUUAAAGCAUGUAAGAGGGCUAUAUAAGAAUCUUCUGCAAGAGUAUACUCAAAAAGUGAACCUGGCACUUCCUAUUUAUACAUUUUCAAAGUCAGGAGAGGUGCAUUCCCCAAUUUUUAUAUCAACUGUUCAAGUUUGUGGUGUUUCCUACACUGGUGGUAUUGCAAAUAGUAAAAAGGAAGCAGCAUCCAAGGCUGCUAGAAAAGCAUUAGUGGCACUUAAAUCACAGGCUUGUGAUUCUGCUUCUCAAGUUCCUACUCAAAACAUUUUGGGUUGUCAAGCUCCAAAUCAAGAUGUGUCCGCUUCUCCUGUUUCAAUAUCCGAAUUUUCUGAAAGGAAAAGGGACGGGGAUGUAGACAUAGCUAUUGAAGACAUUAAUGCUAUCAAAUCAAAACAGAGUACAAGUGAUGCCGGAGCAUGAUAAAAAUUACGUUAUUUGUGAUUGCUAUGGUAAAUUUGUUUUUGACUGUAGUUAAAAAUAGUUAUGAACAUGCCGAAGUUAUGUAUCUUACAAAACAUAGAAUUCCUAUAAUGUGCAAUGAACAUGCAGGUUGGUAGAGGGUGGAAAGUCUAAUUGGAAAUCUACCUAAAUAGCUUUUUUAAUUUA